GUAUUUUUUUUGUUCAAAAUGAUUUUAAUUUGUCUAAAAUUGAAAAUUUCAGGUCAACCGUUUCUCCGUGGCCCCUUUUUAAAUCUUAGAUUCUGCUAAAGGAAAUCUCUUUUCUUCUUCGAUCUCUCUCUCUCUCUCUCUCUCUGUUAAUUCUUGUUCACUCGCUGCAUCUCUCGUUCUUGAAUCUUCGAUUGACCUUCUCGAUCGUUGACCCCUGAAUACACUUUUCCGGCGAGACUAAUAAAAGAACUUUACACAAAGAUUUGAGUUUUUUUUUUCCGGUGGAGUGUUUUGUUUUUGAGCUAAAUGAUUGAGACACGACAAGAAGAAUAAGAUAUGACUCUUUACAUUCGUCGUGAAUCUUCCAAGCUGUGGAAGAGGUUUUGGUCGGAGAUAGCAACGGAGAUUGGUCUUCUCGCUGAGAACUGGAAGUACCUUCUCGCUGGCAUUAUCUGUCAGUACAUUCAUGGUUUAGCUGCUAAAGGAGUUCACUACAUUCAUCGCCCUGGACCCACUCUCCAGGAUCUUGGCUACUUUCUUCUUCCGGAGCUUGGUCAAGAGAGAAGCUACAUAAGUGAAACCGUCUUCACUAGUGUUUUUGUUUCUUUCUUCCUGUGGACUUUCCAUCCAUUCAUCCUGAAAAGCAAAAAGAUAUACACUGUCUUGAUAUGGUGCAGAGUUCUAGCCUUCUUAGUUGUAAGUGUUUUAAGUUUGCUGAGGUUACUUUUUCUUGUCAGUUUUGAAGUUUGUCGAUGUUUCUAUUUUUUUUUUCAGGCAUGUCAGUUUCUCCGUGUUAUAACUUUCUAUUCCACUCAGCUUCCUGGUCCAAACUAUCACUGUCGCGAGGGCUCUAAAGUUUCCACGUUGCCAUGGCCCAAAAGCGCUCUUGAGGUUCUCGAGAUUAACCCUCAUGGGGUGAUGUACGGAUGUGGAGACCUGAUCUUCUCAUCGCAUAUGAUAUUCACGCUUGUCUUUGUCCUCACUUACCAGAAGUACGGCACUAAAAGGUUCAUAAAGCUGUUUGGAUGGCUCAUUGCUUUCGUGCAGAGCCUCUUGAUCAUUGCCUCCCGUAAACAUUACACUGUCGAUGUUGUUGUUGCCUGGUACACUGUUAACUUGGUUGUGUUUUGUCUGGACAAGAAACUACCAGAGUUACCAGAUCGGACCACGGUGUUGCUCCCAGUAAUCUCUAAAGAGAGAACUAAAGAAGAGAACCACAAGCUGUUGUUGAAUGGGAACGGUGUUGAUCCUGCUGAUUGGAGACCAAGGGCUCAAGUGAACGGGAAGAUAGAUAGCAACGGAGUUCACACUGAUAACUCAUUGAACGGCGCAUGAAAACUCGCACCAGACUUGGAGCAAGAACUAUAUAUAUGAAUACAGCUAAGCAAUGGCGUCAUGAAGACAUGAUGGUCAUUGCUCAUGAAGAGAACUCUUAUAGAGAGAUGUUAGGGCUAUGCUACUCUGUACAUUUUUCAGUUCCUUGUCCCCCAAGCAAUGACUUGUUGGAUCACGUUGUUUUUUAUUUUUGUUGUCAAUUUUAUUAUUAUAAGAAACGUUGCUUUUUAUUAUC